CCUCUUUCUUUUAUAAAAUGGAAGCUACUAAGCAUGCAGAAGUGGAUACAGUGCAAGCAGGAAAGCAUAUCCUGAUUCAAAUGCCCAGUGGAGGAGCUAAAAUUAUCAACUUGAAGGCCAACAGUAAUGUUGGCUUAGGAAAGUUUGGUACCUUCAACUCUGACAAACUUAUUGGAAAGCCCUUUGGAUUAUCCUAUGAAAUUUUGGGUAAAGACGACGACCUUCGCCCUGUCGGCCACGUCUCCAAAAACACCAUUGUUGAGGAAACAACCGCCAACAAUAGAGAGAUUAUUGACGAUGCUGCCGUUCAAAAGUUGUCGUAUGAGGAAGUCAUUCGAUUGAAAGAGCAAGGCGAACAAGGAAAGCUCGGAACUGAAGAAAUCAUUAAAUUAAUGGUUGAUUCACAUUCUGAAUUUUCUAAAAAGACUGAAUACUCCAAAGCAAAAUAUAUUGAACGUAAAAAGAAAAAGUUUAUGAAAGUUUUUACUCCUGUUCGCCCCACCAUCAGCACCAUGGUCGAUUAUUUCUUUAGCAAAAAUCCCGAUAAAAUUAAGCAUCUCCGUAUCGAUACACUCUCUCAACUUUUAUGUUUAGCCAAUGUGCAUGCCAACAACAAAAUGUUGGUAGUAGACGAUACACAAGGUUUAAUUGUGGCUUCCAUGCUUGAACGUAUGGGUGGUCACGGUCAAGUUGUGGCUAUUCAUGAAGGUGAUAAUCAUAAUUACGAUGUGUUACGUUAUAUGAAUUUCUCCAAGGAGAUUCAAAAUACUUUAUAUACCGUCCCUUUUGCUUUGGUGGAUCCCGAAACCCACGAUGAGCCCUUCGAAGUUUUAACAGACGAACAAUUCGCAACUUUGGAAGACGAUCCCCGCAGAACUUAUUUGAGACGCAAGGCAGCCUACGAUUAUAAAGUGAAAUCACGACGUCUUUUACACGAAGGCGAUUUCGAUGGAUUAAUCAUUUCUUCGUCACUGACUCCUGAAUCCGUGAUUAAAGUCUUGAUGAAAUACAUGUGUGGAUCCCGUCCUGUUGUGGUCUACAGUUUCAACAAGGAAGUGUUAUUACAAGCAGCUUAUUGGAUGCGUCGAUCUACCGAUUUCUUAAAUGCUGAAUUAACAGAAAGUAGUUUACGUGAAUACCAAGUCUUACCAGGUCGUAUGCAUCCUAAUAUGAUGAUGAGUUGUGGCGGUGGUUAUCUUUUGACCGCUCUUCGUAUCAUUGAUUGCCCCUUUGAUCCUUCGCUGGCAAAGAGAGAUGGUAACGAUAGACGUUUUAAGAAGAAGAAGACAGAAACACCCUCUGCAGAUUCUCCUGCUGUGGAUUCUCCUGUUGUAGAUUCCCCUGUUGUGGAUUCUCCUGCUAUCGACUCUCCCGCAAUUGAUUCGCCUGCCGUGGAUUCUCCCGCUAUGGAAGAAUAAACAAUGAUACUUAGAAUAAUAAAUAAAAAACACCUAAAAAUUA